AUGCCACCACCAUCCCACCAACACCACCCUUCUCAGUCCUACCCCCGCCAUUCCAUUCUCCCAACGUCAACCAGCGCAUCGGCCUCGUCGUCAAUGGGGUCGGGGAUGGGAAACUCAGGCAUGUCAGCCGCCAAGACGCGGCAGUACGCUCAUCUGCAUUCUCAAUUGGAGCAGUUGAAUGCCAAUCUCGCCGACACGCAGAAUCUGCUCCGCAUGACGGCUGUGCAGGCGGAGGAUAUGCGCUUCCUGGGCGGGUAUGUCGGGGCUUUGUUUAUGGGGUCUGCUAAGAUUUUGGGGGAGGAAGGAGUCAAAGGGAAUUCGGGGUCGAGUUCGGGUUCCGGUUUAGCUUCGAGUGGUGGAGGUGAUAAAGGGGAGGAGGCAAAAGUGAAGAUGGAGUCUUGA